AUGGAUUUGUUUGAACGGAUUUUCACUGUUUUUUGUAAUGAAUACGUUCAAGGAGCGGUGAAUAAUGCGGUAUUUUACUGCGAAUCUCAUAGGACAAUGGACUCCAAAAAAAGGAGCCACGUAGCAAAUGGUAUCACGCCAAACAAACCUACUGAGAAGCGUGCACGAGAUUCGAGACGAAACAUCAGAGGACCUCUGGACUUUUCAUCAGAGAAUGUAGAGAAUCUAGAGAAUCUAGAACCGCCAGUAAACAUUCACAAAUGUUCAGCGCUGGCCACAAGAUCCCUACUUUCCUGUUUCAUCCUUAGUUCUACACUUCUCUGAGGUGUGGAAGUGUGAAAUAACCCUAGUUUCCUUUCUCAUCCCAAGUUCCAUACUUCUCAAAAGUGUAGAAGUGUGGAAUAGUCUGACAAAGUCAGGAUAAUGUAUCACUUUUUCCCUAGUCACGAUCCCUCUGUCAUUCUUUACUUAGUUCCACACUUCUUAGAGGUGUGGAAGUGUGGAAAAGUCUGACAAAGUAAAGAUAAUGUCACACGUUUCCCCUAGUCACGAAAGCUCUGUCAUUCUUUACUUAGUUCCACACUUCUUAGAGGUGUGGAAGUGUGGAAAAGUCUGACAAGGUAAGGAUAAUGUCACACUUUUCCCCUUGUCGUGAUACCUCUGACAUUCUUUACUUAGUUCUACUCUUCUCAGAGGUGUGGAAGAGUGGAAAACUCUGACAAAGUCAGGAUACUGUCACACUUUUCCCCUGGUCACGAAACCUCUGUCAUUCUUUACUUAGUUCCACACUUCUCAGAGGUGUGGAAGUGUGGAAAAGUCUGACAAAUUCAGGAUAAUGUCACACUUUUCUCCUGGUCACAAAACCUCUGUCAUUCUUUUCUUAGUGUCACACUUCUCAGAGGUGUGGAAGUGUGAAAAAGUCUGACAAAGUAAGGAUAAUGUCACACUUUUCCCCUGGUCGUGAAACUUCUGUCAUUCUCUACUUAGUUCUUCACUUCUCAGAGGUGUGGAAGAAUGAAAUAGUCUGACAGAGUCAGGAUAUUUUCGCACUUUUCCCCCAGUCACGAAUCCCGUGACAUUCUUUCCUUAGUUACACUCCUAUGUAUGAAAUGAGAAUAAAGCGCAGUGGGACUGUUUGUUGGUUUUAUGUCUGCAACUCAUUAAUUUUUACAAUCUUUUUAAAUGCUAUUGUUACGUUUAGACAACAAUUCUGUGACUAGAAGAUAGAAGAUAUUAGCCUUGUUUCACUGCCAUCUUUUUGAAUAAGGAUACCUGACCAUAAACAAAAAAACAAAAAACCUACGUUUUCUCUGUCACGAAGUCCUCGUCAGUCUUUUAUCUUAAUUUAUUUAUAUAUUUAUUUUUUAACGGAAACCUCAAUAACGUCAUCUUAUCUAUGGAUUUUUAUGUUGGAAAUUUUUUGUCUUAAUGAGCCAUAUAUGAGGCGUCUUAUUCUGGGUUUUCUUCCUUCCUAGAGACCUAUUCGGCUAACUCAAUAAGAGGCACCCAAACGUCAGUUUUCGGAAAAUAUCUGUUUGGAACACGACUUGAGAUCUAGAAUUUUAGGAACAUUUGCUGUAAGAUUUCUUCCUUGUUUGCCUCUCCUUGGAUUUUCGAAUAUCAAAAAAUGGCAUAACUGCUCAUUUUUUACGGAUUUUAACCCUAAAAAGGUCACCUAGAAGUUUCGGGAGCCUUUUUUCUGACUCGAAAAGGUAAGUUUUGAUCCCUAUAAUUUUCGGAUCACUAGACUUUCAGCUAGGAAAUCCGAACAGACAAAACAUUUUUAGGGGGUAAAAAUAUGCCUAUAUUUACCGUUUAAUUAUAAAAUACGUUUAACAAUGCUGUCUAAGUGGUUUUGAACUAUAUUUUCGUUGGGUGCCCCUGACUCAAUUGUACCCAAUUCAAACCCUUUGGGAAUCACACGUUUUGUUUUAGGAAUUUUCAUAUCAUUUAAAUCUGAAUGCUGCAUUAUAAUGUAAAUACAAUACACAAAGAAUCUUAACCGUGGGAGAUUUGAAUUUUGGUACAACAUUGAGUAGGAAUAGAUCUCUUAAGAUCGUGACAACGCUAAAAAUAGGCAGAAAAGAACGCAGAGUAUCUGUGUUCUAUUUUCCUUGCGCUAAGGUCAACUUGAUAAAGUUUAUAAAUGCUCAGAUCAAUUGUUAUUGUUCUAUUCCUUCAUCCCGUGCAUGACGUAAAUUUGUCUAAGAAUAUAUAGCAUACUGUAUAAAGUAAUAAUUGUGACUUAUUGGCCUAGAGUAUCAUGAAGCGAUACAUACGUGCUUGAUGUUGUCAUCUGACCUCCUUGAUGUUAACCUAUAGGUUGACACAGAAGUUUGCGAGCAGACCUUCUCUUGGCGGUCAAAAUAUCCAAGAAAAUUGAACAGAGGACACUUUGUCUUUUUCAUGAUUUAUGUUCAGCAUCUACAUAAUUUUAGCGAAGAGGAAAAACUACGAAACAGUGGAUGUACGGCUGGAUCGAACAAUGAUCAAAGUUGACGCAUACUGAUAAGGAAGAAGGAUUGGUUGGAGAUUGGCUUUUGUAACUUUAAGUUUCUUUGAACAGCUGGCAUUGAAACAAUGGUUGUAUCUUCCAUUCAAUAUAACAAUAGUUCUCAAGGAAAAAUGUAAAAAAUGAUACAGAAAUAAAACCAAGUGCUCAUAAAGCGCACUAGCUUCUCGUGUUCUCGUGACUCAGGGAAAGUGCGACAUUAAAGUCAACUUGUCAAACAAUUCCACACUUGUACACUGUAGAAGGCUUCAGAGAAGAAUGGAACUAAGUAAAGAAUGACAAAAGGGUUUGUGGCUGGGGGAAAAGCGUGACAUUAUCCUUACUUCGUUAGACUUUUCCACACUUCCACACCUCUGAGAAGUGUACAACUAAGUAAAGAAUGACAAAGGGUCGUGAGAUUAUCCUUACUUUGUCGGACAAUUCCACACUUCUACACUUCUGAGAAGUGUAGAACUAAGUAAAGAAUGACAAAGGGAUCGUGACUAUGGGAAAAGUGUGACAUCCUAACUUUGUCAGAGUUUUCCACACUUCCACACCUCUGAGAAGUGUGGAACUAAGUAAAGAACAACAGAGAUUUCGUGACCAGGGGAAAAGUGUGACAUUGUCCUUACUUUGUCAGACUUUUCCACACUUCCACACCUCUGAGAAGUGUGGAACUAAGUAAAAAACGACAGAGGUUUCGUGACAAGGGGAAAAGUGUGACAUUAUCCGGACUUUUUCAGACUUUUCCACACUUCCACACCUCUGAGAAGUGUAGAACUUAGUAAAGAAUUACAAAGAGUUCAUGACUAUGGGAAAAGUGUGACAUCCUAACUUUGUCAGACUUUUUCACACUUCCACACCUCUGAGAAAGGUGGAAUUAAGUAACGAAUGACAAAAGGUUCAUGACUAGGGGAAAAGUGCGACAAUAUCCUUACUUGUCAGACUAUUCCACACUUCCAUACCUCUGAGAAGUGUGGAACUAAGUAAAGAACGACAGAGGUUUUGUGACCAGGGGAAAAGUGUGACAUUAUCCUGACUUUGUCAGACUUUUCCACACUCCCACACCUCUGAGAAGUGUAGAACUAAGUAAAGAAUGUCAAAGGGUUCAUGACUAUGGGACAAGUGUGACGUUAUCCUAACUUUGUCAGACUUUUUCACACUUCCACACCUCUGAGAAGUGUGAAUGACAAGAGGUUCAUGACUGGGGGAAAAGUGCGACAAUAUCCUUACUUUGUCAGACUAUUCCACACUUCCAUACCUCUGAGAAGUGUGGAACUAAGUAAAGAAUGACACAAGGUUCAUGACUGGGGGAAAAGUGCGACAAUAUCCUUGCUUUGUCAGACUAUUCCACACUUCCACACCUCUGAGAAGUGUGGAACUAAGUAAAGAAUAAAAAGAGGUUCAUGACUGGGGGAAAGGUGCGACAAUAUCCUAACUUUUUCAGACUACUCCACACUUCCACACCUCUGAGAAGUGUGGAACUAAGUAAGAAGUGAAGAAACUCUGGAUUUCAUGGCCAGGGCUGGACAUGGCUCAGCUUAUUGUUAUUGUUCCUUGUGUCAUUCAACCUUGUGCAUUCUUAAAUGCGGAGAAGUUGAUCUGAGUUCUUUCGUAGUUUCAACUUACAAAGUGUCUUUCCUUUUUUAAUGUUAUUUAAAAUUUAUUUAUUCCUGUGUUAUUGUAUUCUGUUUUAACUUGGAAACAGUCUGGCUUGGAAAUUGACUUGUAUUUUUUGCUAUAAAUAUGCAAUUGAGCUUUUUUAUUCUUCAAGGAAAAUCAAUUGGUCUUCUGGGUCAGCACAGUGGCAUACAUGUAGCUUAUUUGUUAUCUUUUCCUUGGUUAUCAGCUCGGGCAUAAAAAAAUCACCUCUGGUUAUGUCGGCCAUUAAAUCACCUGUGGGGUUGCACAGGUGGACAUUUUAUGAGGAAAGGGCCUUGGUGGAAUUUGUUGGGCUAGUGUAA